UUAUUGUCUCCCCUUGAUCUUCUGGCCUGCACUUUAUUUCGUUCUAGCAACAAAAUUACCCUUCUAGUUGCAGAAAGAAACUAGCCAGAGAAACCAAAAACAGUCAGAUUUUCUUCCGAUCCGCCAUGGAUUCAUCCAAAGAUCGUGAAACCUUCGUCUACGUGGCCAAGCUCGCAGAGCAAGCCGAGCGCUAUGACGAAAUGGUGGAGUCGAUGAAGAACGUAGCGAAACUGGAUGUGGAAUUGACAGUGGAGGAGAGGAACUUACUGUCCGUGGGAUUCAAGAAUGUGGUGGGUUCCCGAAGAGCUUCGUGGCGGAUCUUGUCGUCGAUUGAGCAGAAGGAAGAGUCGAAAGGGAACGAAACGAAUGUGAAAAGGAUUAAAGAGUAUAGACAAAAAGUCGAGUCGGAGUUGUCGGGUAUUUGUAGUGAUAUUAUGGCUGUUAUUGAUGACCAUCUUAUACCUUCUAGUACUGCUGGUGAAUCUAAUGUCUUUUAUUAUAAGAUGAAGGGUGAUUAUUAUAGGUAUUUAGCAGAGUUUAAGAGUGGUAAUGAGAAGAAAGAGGCAGCUGAUCAGUCACUUAAGGCAUAUGAGAGUGCUUCAACCGCUGCAGAGAGUGAUUUACCUUCCACUCAUCCCAUUCGAUUGGGUUUGGCUCUUAAUUUUUCAGUCUUCUAUUAUGAGAUUAUGAACUCGCCUGAAAGGGCCUGCCACCUGGCAAAGCAAGCUUUUGAUGAAGCUAUUUCAGAGCUGGACACUCUUAGUGAAGAAUCUUACAAGGAUAGCACUUUGAUCAUGCAACUAUUGAGGGAUAACCUAACUUUAUGGACUUCUGACAUUCCAGAGGAUGGAGAAGACCAGAAAAUGGAAACCUCCCGCAUAGCUGGCGGAGAAAAAGAUGCAGAGUGAAGAUGAUGGAAAUCUUGUAGCUGUAAAAUGUGUGGAAGGGAGAAGAUGAUUUCCCCUCACCUUUGUUUUCUUGUUGUUUGAGAGGAUUUUGACAGUUUCUUGUCUUCUGCUGUACCUUGUUGUCUGCUGCAUACAUUAGCAGGAAAAUAUGUAUUCAUGAUUCUUGGUUUCUCCAAAGAAGCCUUUACUCUAAAUACUUUUUUAGUUAUUUAUGAUCAACCAUCUAGAUCAAAAUUACAGUUGUACCUCUAAAUUUUGAAAAUCGACGUGACUUUUAAUUA